UUACUGCGCACCAUGCGUUCCAUUUACUGCACGCUUCCACGCUCUGUCGUUUUGCUGUCACCGCUCUCGGCUGUUGUAACCGAUCAUGACAGAUUCUGCGACACCUAUAAAUCCUUAUGAGAGUCUCUUGCCUCACGACCGAAAAAAGUGGGUAUGUGUCUACCCGGCGUACGUGAACUCGAGGAAGACGAUAAAGCAGGGAAGAAAGAUCGCCAAGAGCAAGGCUAUUGAAAAUCCAACCUGUCCCGAGAUUAAAGACGUCUGCACUAGCCAAAAUCUAAAUGCGGAACUGGAGCACAAGCACUACCCCAGGGACCCUCAGAGAGACCAGCUACACACAGGAAGAGUUAGAGUCCAACUCGUGGGCGAAGACGGAGAGUUUUGUUGUGAAGCAAUCCACACAAGACAGCAGCUGUAUCAGAUGAUUGCGGAGAUCAUCCCGAAACUGAAAACGAGACAGGCCGGAGCAGGAGGCGGGGCUGAGGGAAAGGGGGCAGCAGGAGCCGGCAAGAAGAAAAAGAAGAAAAAGUGACCAAAUUAUUCAUCAAUCAUUUUUUCAAAGAUCCAUUGGCACGAUUUCUUGAGUUCUGAAUUCAGUCAACUUUCAACGUUGUGCAGGUUAACGCAGUGUUGAAAACCUAGUACUAGGUCCUAGUACAUGUAGCUUCUCUUACCCUACCAUUGA